GUGACGCCUCUUCAAAGUGAAAGCGAAAGGUAAGUAGGCGGAAGACGGAAAAGAAGGCGACAGGUAGCGGCCAGCAAGGGGCUUGGAGAGCCCCUUCUCCUCCAGCGUCGCAGCGUGCAGGCAGCGGAGAAGGGCUGAGGGCGAGGAGGCCGGAGAGCAGCCCCCAUGGGCGCCGCGGCGGGGUGGUGCCUGCUGCUCUGCUGGGCGCUGGCGGGAGCGGCGGACGCAGGUGAGCAGGAGGCCGGCAGGGCAGUGCCGGGAAGCACAGGCGCCACCUUCCCCUGGAUUCCAGACGGGGGCCGGCGUGGCUUCCAAUCACCUCCCAAGCCCAACAGGAAAAAGGCUCAGUGCUGGCUGUCAGAAAGGCAGUGGCUGGCAGUGGAUGUGGUAUUAGACUGCUUCUUGGUGGAGGAAGGUGGAGUCCUUGCCAGCAAUAGGAACAUGGUGAAGGCCUUACUCGUGCUGAGGCAGGUGCCAGUGACGGAUGAUGGCUCCCUGGAAGGCUUUGCUGAUUUCCAAGGGGACACACACACCAAAGACAACCCACCUGUUACCUUCGAGGCCUCAGCGAGCCUGGUAAAGAUUCCCCAGGCCGAGGCCUUGCUCCAUGCCGACUGCAGCGGGAAGAAGGUGACCUGCGAGAUCUCCCACUAUUUUCUCCGGGCCAGACAAGGGGCCCCUAUUGACACAGCAGCUUCAUUCAUCGCCAACGUGCAGCUGUCUGGAGGGGGGCCUAGUGUCUCUGUGGUGAUGAAGACUCUGGGGGACACUGAGAAUGGGGCUGCCUUGCACCCGGCACUGCACCUGCCCCUGAGCCCUCAGGGGACUAUUCAGACUGCAGUGGAGUUCCAGGUGACAACACGGACCCCAUCCCUGAAUUUCCUGCUGGGGUCCUCAGCCUCCCUGCACUGUGGCUUCUCCAUGGCACCAGGCUUGGCCCUCACUGGCGUGGAGUGGCGGCUGCAACAUAAGGGUGAUGGGAAGCUGGUGCACAGCUGGACCACAGAGCAGGGACAGGUCAAGCGGGAGGGCGCUGCCCUGGAGCCCGAGCAGCUACUCAUGGCCGGGGAUGCCUCCCUCACCCUACCCAGCCUCACUCUGAAGGACGAGGGGACCUACGUUUGCCAGAUCACCACCUCUCUGUACCGAGCUCAGCAAAUCAUCCAGCUCCACGUCCAAGCUUCUCCCAAAGUACGACUGAGCUUGGCCAGCGAAGCUCUGCCACCCACCCUCACCUGCAGUGUCUCUGGCUACUAUCCCCUGGACGUGACUGUGAUAUGGAUCCGAGAGGAGCUGGGUGGAGCCCCAGCCCCAGUCUCCGGUGCCUCCUUCUCCAGCCUCCGGCAAAGCGCAAUGGGCACCUACAGCAUCACCUCCUCCCUGACAGCGGAACCUGGCUCUGCGGGAGCCUCUUAUACCUGCCAGGUCACCCACAUCUCCCUGGAGGAGCCCCUCAGGGCCAGCAUCCGGGUUGCCCUGCCAGGGCAGAGAAUGGCCUUUGGAGUCCUUUUCGCCAGCAGUCUCUUCCUUCUUGCCCUGUUGUUCCUGGGGCUUCAGAGACGGUAAGCUGGCUCACCGAGGUCUGCCAACACCCUGUAGUGCUCCAAGUAGCUACUCUCCUGCCUCAGAGUAGAAAAGAGUGGUCACGUGUUCCCAGGACUUUACACCGAAUCUCGGAGCUCAAAAAGCCCCAGGACAGAUCGUGGGGGCUCUGGCUCGGGGGAAGGGCAGACCUGUCUCCCUUCACAAUGACCCUGGGUUGAGCUCCAAGGGAGACAACGUGAGGAGGUGAGAGUGGCAGCAGAAAGGAAGUGUCUGGAGGCUAAAACACAAGUCAGACUUGAGGUGCAGUGGCAGGAAAAGAAAACAGGAAGAAUUUAUGAAAAGGGCAGGUGAGGUAUGGUGGGCAAAGGCGGAGUUGGACCACCAUGCACGAAUAUUGAACUCUGUCCAAAUAAAAGCCCCUGUGUCCUCAGA